UGCAUGUCUCCUGCUUUGAUUCACACCAGACCGUCGCCUGAGCCGUCACGAGAUUCCAUCAAGAGGAGAAAGUUAUCUUCUGACCCGACUUUUACUACCACCACUACCAAAAUGUCUACAAACUCUCGCAUCCUGGAGCUUACCGAAGUUGAGGAGAACUUGCGCACCCUACUUAUUGACGUUGCCAAAUACAUUGACAACUCUCCUGGACAUGCUUCUGAAAGUCAGGUGCCGCUCCCUGAUGAGCUCGCAAAACAACCCCUUGUCCUAAGAUGGACUGGUGGUUGGGUUCGUGACAAGCUCCUCGGUGUUGAAAGCCAUGACAUUGAUGUUGCUAUCAACAAGAUGACUGGUUUCCAAUUUGGUCUGAGAUUGAAGGAGUAUCUGGAGAUUCCCGGCAACCCAGAAAAGUAUGGUCUGGAAGGUGUGGCCAGCAACGAGUCUCAAUCCAAGAAGGCCGAAUCUGGAAAGAGCAAGAUUGUUGGUGGCCUGCACAAGAUCGAAGCAAACCCGGAAAAGUCAAAGCAUCUGGAAACUGUCACAACAAAGAUCCUGGGCCUUGACAUCGAUCUGGUCAACCUUCGCAAGGAGACAUAUACCGACGACAGCAGAAAUCCUCAGAUGGAGUUUGGCACUCCAGAAGAAGAUGCUCUCAGACGUGAUGCAACUGUCAACGCCAUGUUCUACAACAUCAAUACUCGUGAAAUUGAGGACUUCACCGGCAAAGGUCACAAUGACAUGGCCAACAAGAUCAUCCGCACCCCUCUCGAGCCUUAUCAGACCUUCAAGGACGACCCUCUGCGAGUCUUGAGAUUGAUCAGGUUCGCUAGCAGAUUGAACUACACAAUUGAAGCUGAAGCUUGCAAGUGGAUGGGUGAUGCCGAGAUCAAGAGCGCCCUUCAAGCAAAGAUCAGCCGCGAAAGAGUCGGUGUCGAGCUUGAAAAGAUGCUCAGAGGUCCUGAUCCUCUCAUGGCUCUGAACCUAAUCGACCAACUCAAUCUAUACUCUACUAUCUUCUCCGACCCUGCUCAAGACCAAGGCAAGGUCUUCGAACCAGAUACAGACAACUGGACUACUGUCAUCAACUUUGUUCAAGAGAUCAUGACUUCUAAAACCAGCGAUAUUUUUGUUCGCGAUGCGGAAGAGAGAUAUCUCAUCUGGUUGUUGUCCGCAGUCGUACCCUACAGAGAUGCUCCUUCACCUCCAGCUGUCGAAGGCAAGAAGCCACCACCUCCUGUUGCUACAUCCGUCGCACGCGAAGGCAUCAAGGCUACCAAUAACGUCUGCAAUGUCAUCACCAACUCUAUCAAGAACCACUCUGAAAUCUCCAUGAUGGUCAACGACUCAAACAGUCGCAAACGUCCAGCACGUGAAGACUUGGGAAUGGCAAUCCGCCGCUGGGGCUCUACAUGGAGAUCACAAACAGCCUUUGCACUACUGGUCAACGUCGCCGAUGAGCCUUCAGCAGCUAAAUCCCACCUUUCUGCAUUCUCAAACUUCCUCGAGUACGUCCGAGAACUGGACCUUCUCGAUGCAUACGCUCUAAAGCCCAUUCUUGACGGUAAAGCCUUGACAAAAGCCCUCGGUGUGCCCACUGGUCCAUGGAUGAAAGACGCCCUUGAUGUAGUCAUGCGCUGGCAACUUCGUAACCCCGGCAAGAAGGAUACAGCCGAAGCCAUCGAAGAAGUCCGCAUCGCAAAAGACCAAUCUCCAACUCCUGGUGAGCUCACAUCAGAUCUCAUGACAUAUUUUCUCCAGCUUACCAUCCGCCCGCUGUUUACAAAGACACAAACGCAGCAGGUAACAAGUCAAGGGCGUAAGGCGCAGACCACCGUCCUACCAAAAAGNUUUGAGCGAAGCCAGGAUGAAAAGACAUGGAAGGGGAGAGACAGUUAUGCGCUAGACUUGCUUCGCUGGGUCAUUAUUGCUGCAGACGCUGGUUUGGUGGAGAAGAAUUGGCACGCGAUAGUGCCACCAUUGCUCAGCAUGCUGGACGACGUUGACACGGAAUACAAAGCUCAAGGCUGCACAUUGCUCAAGCUAUUGCUGGACAAAACACCACCUAUACUCUUGAAGCGCACUGGGCUGGGCGAUGUGUUUGAAGAAGCCCUAAUGCCGUGUCUAGGCUACCUACCUACCUUGACUCCCGAAGAGGAAAGUGCCCGACUACUUGCUGUCGCCUACCCCGCCUUGAUAUCACUCUCCAAUGUCCUGGAUCAUCCUUCAACUACUUCAAAUCCUCAAAAACAAUCUCCCCGCACAAAGCUACUAGAUAGCCUGAUUCGCAAAGGCGUCUUGAUGACCUUUACCUACUGCCCCGAACACGCCAAAAUCACCACUGUCACGACUACAAACCUUGCUUUGAUCCUUACUUCUCUGGGAUUGGACUCUGUCAAGCACCUCGCUUUCAUUUUACCUAUGCUUUCUUCUAUCCUUACCCAUCCCUUCGUUACUGCAUCACCUCCUCUAUUACUUUCGUCUGUUCAAGCAUUGCAAGCUGUUGUUCUAAACACAUGGCCCAGAAUGCAUGUCCACAAGACAGAAGUGCUGAAAUGCGUGGCUGUGCCGUGGAUCAGAAUGCAAGAGGAAAAUGUUACUGGAGAUGAAUUUGAGAAGAUUAAAGAGGAGUGUAGGGUUGUGGUACAGAUGCUUAGGGAUGCUUUGCAGGAGAAUAAUGAUGAACUUGAUGGAGAAGUGAGGAAGUUGGUUGAGGUGGAUAAGAGGUUGGAGGGUAUGUUUUGCUGA